CUUUCGGCUGCAGUGUGGAUCUUGCACCACUAAAAAUAUCCUGCCAUGAUACCGCUUCGUACAUGCAUGGUGUGGGUCAUGGUGGCGACAUCCUCCUGGUGUGUGCAUGCCACUCGCACGUCCAAGGUGUUCCUCUUACCAGAGGAGCAGCGAGACCACCUAGAGCCGCUCCUGACUGCGAUGCACACCCUCGGCAUCAAGGAAUUCGACGACCGCCAUGCAGAUUCAUGGGACGCAGCUGCACACACGAAUGAGUUUGACGUGGUGUGGAGCUACGAGUACCCCGAGUGGGACAUGCUCGGCCCGCUGCGCCCCCAUACCAAAGUGAACCAUUUGCCAGGGAAUUAUGCGUUGGUAACCAAAGGCCACGUGUACACCAACCAACUUCGCCUGCAACACUUGUAUGGGAAAGAGCACUUUGACUUUAUUCCACAGCAAUUCCGACUCCCGGACGAGCGGUCUCAGUUUAUGGCCGCCUUUGAAGCGUCUACCAACGCAGCAGCAGCAGCGGUGGCCGUCCGUCAACCUCCUUCCGCCACCGCUGCCGACGACCCAAGCUAUGGCCGGCGGUGGCUGAUCAAGAACCAGAACCACCGAGGCGUGCAUUUCUUCAGCGGGCUGAACCACCUGGACAAGUACAUGUCCUCCAACGACAUGGUCGCGCAGUGCAUCGAACCGCUGCUGAUCUCUGGCCACAAAUUCGACAUUGGGCUAUACGUGACUAUCUCGUCCAUCGAUCCCCUCCGAGUGUACAUCUACCACAACGCCCUCUUGCGCAUGUGCAAACUCAAGUACCCCAAGGACCUGGAUGACUCGGCCGACGUCGAAUCGUACGUUGUGGACGACUACCUGCCUCCGUGGGAGAUGCCAGACUUGAAGGAGUAUUACAAGGCCAUUCCGUCAGAGGAUCGUGAAGGCACGAGCCACUUUGACGUGCUCAAAAUGUACUUGGACUCGAUCAACAUGGACUCGAGUCGGUUCCAACAAGACAUCUACGGCGCCGUGGCCAAACUCGUCGCGGGCAACCGCGGCCACUUCGUCCGGACCGAGGCACAGUUCCGCGCCGCGAAUCACCAACCUCAUGGCCACUUCUUUGAAAUGUACCGCUUUGACUUCGUCGUGGACGACACCGGCAAACCGUGGCUCUUGGAGGUCAACCAGUCGCCGAAUCUUGCCCCGAAACACUUUGCAACCGGCACCGACGCCAAAAUGAAGCGCAACAUCGUGCACGACCUGCUCACUUUGGUUGGGAUCCAAUCUCCACACGAAGCUUCGCUGCCCAACACGAUCUUUCAGGUCCAUGAGACGUACUGCAAACCCAAGUGCCAAGACACUAGCCGUGUCGUGGACAUGUCGUGCUGGCGCUGCCCGGGCUGGUUCUCCCCCCACGAAGCGACGACAUUGCACCAGUCGGCCACCGAGUACCUCCGCCGCGGGGGCUUCCAACUGGUGUUUCCGUCCGUCGAGUUGGACCGAUUUCUCGACGGAGGUCCGUCCCCCCACGACCUGGCGUUUUCAAGGUACGUGCAGUCGUCGUCCGAGCGUGAUGUGGCAGCCGGAGCGACGUGCACGAGUCGCAGCCACUGCAGUAUGCAUGGGGACUGCGUGAACGGCCGCUGCGCUUGCGACGACGGGUACGAGGGCGUGGCGUGCGCCGGCAUCCAAGACGCUGACCUCACGGACGCGUUGGAGCACGCCAAGUUUGAAGACGAGUUGAAGCAGCUGCAUUCGAUGAACUUGCGCGUUGUCGGCGCCGCGACCCCCCCGCCCCAAGGCGCGUCCGACACUGCGCUGGUUGUCUUGAUGCUGGGCAAUGUCGUGGGGGUGGCUAUCGUGUACUGCGUGGCGACAUUUUUGUACAAGUCCAAGGCGUCUGCCAAGGAGCACUGAUUAUUGUGGGUAGUGUAGUGGUGUUUAUUAUUCGAUGGUAUUGUCGUCUAACUGUCGAAAAUGCGCACGGCAAAUGCAGUGGGCAGACUUAGCUCUAUAGCAUUGACACUGUUAGCUCUGUACCAGGUAAACAACUGCUCCACGUGGAAUAAUAGCAUUGAGAGAUUUAUUGUGAA